AUGGUGACGAUCAGACCUGUGGACUUGAAAGUCCAACCAGCACCAUAUCAGAUAAGAUACAAUGUUCUGCAGAAAGUUGUGAAAACCUUGGAAAAGUUCGAAGCCACCUCUGGUAACGCUGGUAGCCGGGCGAUGGAACUGGAGGGAAAUGUUGCUCGUAAAAGUGGGUCCAGUCAGAGCUAUCGAUUCAAUUCAAGUGUAUUGUUGCGAGAUUUGAUCAAAACAAAGGGUAAGCUGGAAGAAAUCGAAGCACCUGGCGUGCGAGCUGUGAAUAAAAGGUCCGGGAGCAGGGAAACCAUGGCCAGGAGCAAUGCGAUAAAGCUUCUAGGAAAAGUUCUCAUUGAAAAGUCGGUACUGGCUGCUAACGGGUAUAACACAGGGGCGGCAGACCUGAACUCGAACCCGGAUCGAACUUUGGAUUUGCUCACAAAUUCCGAUCAUAAUUAUAUCAGCUGCAUACGCUGCAACACGAAAUUUGACAAACUGCAGAUCCUCAGCCCUGCAACUUGCCGUUUUCACGUCCAGCGUAAACGCUACAACCGUGAAACGCGCGAGGGAGAAUAUGUCUGUUGCGGCGAAACAACGUCUUCUACUUCUUUCUUGGCCUUGGGAUGCAAAACCAUGCCUCAUCAUGUGUUUCGUGCUGAAACCUUCGAAGAAAUGGCCACGAUUUCAGUGUUCAGGGACACUAGCUACAUUGAUGGCGACCAUAACGUUCUGGCGCUCGAUUGUGAAAUGGCUUUUACUUCGCUGGGCUAUGAAAUGAUUAGAUUGACAAUCGUGGAUUUUUUUACGAGCAAGAUCGUAUUUGACAGUAUUGUUCAGCCAUUUGGGCAAGUGAUCGACUUGAACUCUGAGUUUAGUGGUGUUCACGCAAUAGAGAAAAGCGAAUCAAUGACCUUUGACAAGAUGCUAUCUCAAGUUCUCUGCAAGAACAUGAUAAACGCCAACAGCGUGUUGAUCGGCCACGGUAUGGAGAAUGAUUUGAACGUUUUGCGUCUCAUUCACAAAAAAAUCAUUGACACGGCUAUUCUGUACCCCAGAGGGAAGUUCAAAUCGUCUUUGAAAGACCUGGCUUUCGAGGUUGUAAGCAAGCGAAUACAAAAUGGUGAACACGACAGUUCAGAAGAUGCAAUAGCCACUAUGUGUGUUCUCAAAGCUAAGCUGGGAAUUCCAUUGCAUCAGACUGUGUGGUCUUGA